AUGGAUCUGGAGAUGCAGCAGAACUGCCACGAUGUGGCCGACCAAGUUGAACUGAAGCCCAAAACCUUCACUGUGGCUUCAUUGCCUUGGGCUGUUGGGCGUAUGGCCACGGAAAGCGGAGCAGAUCGUGGCCCUACAAUGGAAUUACUUCAUAUGGAACAACGGAUAAUUUCAGCACGUCGAGGUCGAGGACACAUUCAAGACCAUCUGCAGCAGAUCUCACACCAAUAUUCUCACUGCCAGACGGAUCAACCGACGAGUGACAACGACCUCCCGAACCAUCACAAAACAUAUACGAUGCAGGCGAAUGAACAGCAGCCCCAAGUGGGAGGCUUUCUGAAGCACCAACAUCAUGUCGAAUGGAUGGAUGUGUCGCGAGAUGGGAACGUACCGAAGGAUGACAUCGUCAGAAUAUGGGCCAUUCAGUCGAACAUUUUUUUUUAUCUCGGCGCUUCUACUCACGAAGAUUCUAGUCCAGCCUUGUAG